GAUGGGUUCUGUGUAGAUCUUGACAAACUUUUCUGAAUGUAUGUGUGGGCCUGUGUAUGCAAUUGUGGUUCAGGUUCAAAUGGUUAAGGUUUUGAGUUAAGUAGACUUUUCAGGAAAAUAUAUUGUAUUUUUGUAUUAUUUUCUUUAUUGUGCCCUGCUUAAUCAGAUGUAGCUUUACCGUGGAGGCUAUUUAUAAUAACAAGAAAGAUGAGCAUAAAAUGACAGCCAGUUCGCACCUUUUCCCCUAAAAAUGGGCUGGCUCUAGAGAAAACUCCUUAUUGGAUAGAACAAGAAACUUAAACGCGCUGUCAGCAGUGUCUUCAAAAGUGCCAACCUUGUAAAUGGUAGUGAAACCAGUCAGUUGAAGCAGGACGACUAUCGUGAGAGGACCAGUGCUACAAUGAGGUCCUUCUUCUGGAGUCUGAUCUACGGCCUCUUGGUCUUGUUGCUAGAGGUUUGUGGGACUUACGAGGUUGACCCGCCGCAAGUACAUGCGCAAAGUUAUGCUCAAAGAAGGAAUGUUGCCCGACCACAGUUCCCACCACAGAGAACUCUAAAUCCUGCAGCCACUGACAAUCAGUGCCAGAGCCGUCCACUAGACCUGGUCUUCAUCAUCGACAGCUCUCGCAGUGUCCGCCCAAUGGAGUUUGAGAAGGUCAAGAUAUUUUUGGCCGACAUGGUGGACACUCUCGACGUGGGGCCCGAGGCCACCCGUGUGGCUGUGGUGAACUAUGCCAGCACAGUCAAGAUCGAGUUCCUGCUGAAAGACCACCUGGACAAGGUGACCAUGAAGCAGGCCAUUAGCCGCAUCGACCCCCUGGCGGCAGGCACCAUGACGGGCCUGGCCAUCAAGAAGGCCAUGGACGAGGCCUUCACCGAGCAGUCGGGGGCGCGAUCCCGUUCAAAGGGCAUCACCAAGGUCGCCAUCAUCGUGACGGAUGGGCGCCCGCAGGACCAGGUGGAGGAAGUGUCAGCCGCUGCAAGGGCUUCUGGGAUUGAGAUCUACGCUGUGGGAGUGGACCGUGCCGACAUGCAGUCGCUGCAGCUCAUGGCUAGCCAGCCUCUUGAUGACCACGUGUUCUACGUGGAGACCUACGGAGUCAUCGAAAAGCUAACGUCCAAGUUCCGGGAGACCCUGUGUGGUCUGGACCCUUGCGCCAUGGGACACGACUGUGAGCAUAUAUGUGUCAACAACGUCUCCAACUAUUACUGCCAGUGUCGGGAAGGCUAUGUGUUGAACGUGGACAAGAAAACAUGUUCCUUGAAAAAGGUUAAGGCUGAAGUGAUCCAGGACCCCUGCAUGUGUGAGGCUCGACUGGCUUUCCAGAGACAGGCUCAAAAUGCCCUUCAGGACCUCUCUGCUCGACUCGCUGACGUGACCAGGAGGGUGGAACAGAUGGAAAUUGCAAUGGGUCAUGUGUAGACGCUUGAGGGUUUGCUUGGUCUGCUGAACUUUCAACUAACCAUCACAGCCAGGGAUCACUACCACCCAGGCAUCCCAUGUUUUCCCCCAGACCUCCCAUACCCAAGGCUCCCCUCUGUUCGGGGCGGGGGGGAUUCACAUCCUAAUAUCUCUUUUUUUUCUCAUAACAAUAUACCUUAACUACAAGCCAGCCACUUUGAAUAUGCUUCAUCUGGGGAAUUAUUAUCACCAUAAGGGAAUAUUAUCAAUAUUAUCACCAUUCAGACUCAAAAGCAAGGAUACAGACAUCCCCAAGAAUUACACUGAUAUCCUAGUGGUUUCUGUUAAGCAUCCCCCUACCCUGCUAUGUCAGUGCAUAAUUUCAGUGAAUUUUACUUUUCAGUUUACUACAACUUUGUUUUACAACAGAAAUCUGAUGCAGAAUAAUCUAUAGCAAUACAAAGUACACUUGUAUUGGAAUAACUACUUCAGUGAAUUAUAGACAAUUAUUGUUCUUAUUAUGAGCUAGUAUGUCUUUCCAUGACUAGCUACACUUUAGUGUAUUUUUGUGUAGAGCAGAAUGAAAUUGGACUCUGUAAAAUAUGUAGCAAAGUAUUUUUUCAUUAAAGUAGUCAAUUUGUAAUCUGCACUCUUCAUGUGUAUAAGCUCAGCCUGUUCAAUGUAUCAGAGGAACAAAUGAUUGUUUAUUUAUCAACGUAUUAUUGGUGACCCAUAGUAAAAUGCUGUUUCUUUUUUUAAAUACAUUCUAAGAUAAACAGAUGGUCCGGUUUAUGAAACUGGAUUUAUCACACAGCUCUUAGCUGAAGUAACGUUGAAAGAAAUAUAUACAAUACUGUAGCAGUGUUACAGUGAGUAGAAUACAUAUCAAAGUAUGGAAUAGAUAUAUUAUACCUGCUCCUUUACACAUAAAAACGUAAAAACAUGA